GGGAGGAACCACCGUGUUUUCUUCGCCUGAAGGCGGUGGAAAAGCAGCGGGGGGAAAUGUCCAGCUGAGGACUGGAGAUCCUGAAAACCACAGGGCCUGUUUUGUAAUGAUUGGUCAAAGCUCCGACAAUGGCGCUAAAGGCACAGGUUUUAUAUGACUUCACUGCUGAGGCUGGAAACAACGAACUGACGGUAAAAGAAGGCGAGACAAUCACGGUCACUAAUCAGAAUAUUGGAGGAGGCUGGAUUGAAGCACAGAACUCCAGAGGGGAGGUUGGACUGGUGCCAGAAGACUAUAUUGAGUUUGGUCAUCAGACUCCAUCGUUCCCAGGAGCAGGAACCACAGCACCCACACCGAGUGCUGGAAAUGUCGCAUCUCAAGACCUUUCCAUCUUUGAUGCCUAUGCUCCCGCAUCGGCACCUGCACAAAACCAGGUGGAUGCUGGGGGCUUGAGUCCUCAACCUGACACCCCUGACACCCCAGUUUCCCCCUAUCUUUCGUCCCCCGAUGAGGCAAGUAACGGUAAUGAUCCCUGGUCAGUGUGGAACACAGACCCAUCAGGGGGUUCCAACAACAACUGGGCGUCUAAUCCGGAGGGCACCCAGACUGGGAAGAGUGCUCCUGACCCAUGGAACUCCGCAUCACACGGCCACCCUCAGGCUUACCAGGGCCCAGACAUCUACCCAUAUCCUUACCUUAUCGAUUACACAGGUGUGGACUCAGGGGCAGAGGAUGAUGAGUGGGAUGAUGAGUGGGAUGACGUGAAGUCCACGGGCGGUUACGCCGAUUCAGAAGCUGGAGACAGUGGAGCAAUGCAGAGAGCUGGAGCUCAUGCAACCUCAAUGAAAAUCUCCCUCAACAAGUUCCCUGGGUUCUCCAAAUCUGGUCCAGAGCUCUACCUCCUGUGCAAGCAGCUUGUCAAGGGCAAAGAGAAGCUUGCGAUUUAUAUGGGAGAAGUUGGUCCUGUGUGGCUUUAUCCAGAAACUCAGUUAGAUUGUGUGGUGGCAGAUCCCAAAAAAGGCACAAAGAUGUACGGCCUCAAGAGCUACAUUGAGUAUCAAGUCACGCCCAAUACCACAAACCGUCCAGUCAACCACAGAUACAAGCACUUUGAUUGGCUGUACGAGCGGCUCCUCGACAAAUUUGGCUCAGCCAUCCCUAUCCCGUCCUUACCGGACAAGCAGGUGACAGGGCGCUUUGAGGAGGAGUUUAUUAAGAUGCGCAUGGAGCGGUUGCAGGGAUGGAUGACCAGGAUGUGCAGGCACCCCAUUGUUUCCUGUAGUGAUGUUUUUCAGCUUUUCCUGACCUACAAGGAUGAGAAGGACUGGAAGACGGGGAAGAGAAAAGCAGAGAAGGACGAGACGGUGGGAGUGAUGAUCUUCUCCACGAUAGAGCCGGAAGCUCCAGACUUAGAUCCCUUGGAAGUGGAACAGAAGUGUGAGCAGUUCAGCAGGUUCACCAAAGCCAUGGAUGAUGGAGUGAAGGAAAUCCUCACUGUGGGACAUGAGCACUGGAAGAGAUGCACAGGCCCGUUGCCAAAAGAGUACCAGAGAAUUGGGAAAGCCUUCCAAAACCUCUCCUCUGUCUUCACCAGCAGCGGAUACCAAGGUGAGUCAGUCCUGACUGACGCCAUGACAGCGGCAGGGAAGACGUACGAGGAGAUAGCGCAGAUGGUUGCAGAGCAGCCAAAGAAGGAUCUCCAUUUCCUCAUGGAGACCAACAAUGAAUACAAGGGUCUUCUUGGAUGCUUCCCAGACACCAUUGGUGUCCACAAGGCGGCCAUAGAGAAGGUGAAGGAGGGCGACAAGCUGGUGGCCGCAAGUAAAAUAAGCGUUCAGGAAAAAGUCACCAUGUCUAAACGCGUCAGCACGAUGUCUUACUCUUUGCAAGCUGAGAUGAACCACUUCCAUAACAACCGUAUCUACGACUACAACAGGGUCAUGCAGUUGUACCUGGAGGAGCAAGUCAAGUUUUACGAGACGAUUGCUGCCAAACUGAGACAAGCACACAGUCAGUUCACCACGAUGUGAAACGUCUCGCACUACAAGAAAAGAGUAAAACACCAGCUCGUCUUCACUUCUCUCCCUGUUUUGCCUUUGCCUCGUCUCUUUUGUUAUCACUCAUGCCAACAGAUGCAGCUCACGCUGUUACGUUUUGUCCGCUGUGCUCAGACGUUUCCAAACAGUUAGUGAGUGAGCGUGCGCGCAGCAGAUAAAAGAGACUGUGGCAGUUUUUUGUGUGGAUCGGCAGCAGCGAGAGCAGAAUGAGACACAAUAUUUACACACAUCCUUUCCUUUUGCAAGGUCCAUUCACUUUGUGACACACGGGAAGCUACACUUGCGGACACAGAUUGUUUUAUUCUACUAAUGCAAUUCAAGCUCACGUUGUUUUAAAGCUAAACUAACUGCAGUUUUUCACCCUUUGUUUCACGUUAAAAUGAUCUACACAUGUAACAAAAAAUGUUAUCUGUUGUGUACUUAUGCACCCACAGUACAAACCAAAGCUUAAAGGUAGGCUGGGCAGCAUAUCAGAGCUUUACUGCGUGUUUGUCAGACACUGCUGAGUUUAUUCAAGAGUUGUGUCAUUACAGGUGGAAUCAGUGGAGUUUUUCUUAAAAAAAUAAAGAAAAUAAAAUUCUCUUCCUGCACUUCCUCAAAAGCUAACAGGAAGCUCCACCUCCUUCCUGUCUUGCCCACGUGACUUGACCCCUAUGACUCGGAUACAAAAAGAGUUAUUUGAAUAUCCCCCACACAUCUCCAGCCAGGGGAUGACGACACAGCAGUUUACUUUUCAGGACAGGAAAACAAAAACGUCAGUCACAUGAUGCUCAUGUCAGGUCUAUUCUUUUUAGCAACAUACGUUCAAGCCACAAAUCAAACACGAUUCCUUUUCCGCAGUUUGAAGAGUAUUUGUCUUCUUUUUGACCAGAUUGUGGUGUUUUAUACAUGGACUGUGUCAAGUAUGCAUUCUUUCUUUCUUUCUUUCGUUCGUUGUUCACAGCCCAGCUUUCAAUCAGUCACUAAUCUUAUUCACUUAUUCUUUUCUUAUCACGUAAUACAUGAAAACUAUACAUAUACGUGUAUAUAUAUAUA